AUGAAUGGAGCUUCUCAAAAAUUGGAAUUAAUUGCACAUUUUUAUAUUGGAGAUUUAGUAACUAAAUUACACAAAACAAGUAUUGUCCCUGGUUCUGAUGAUUCUUUAAUUUAUACAACAAUUUCUGGUUCAAUUGGAAUGCUUGUUCCUUUUAUUUCGAGAGAUGAAUUUGAAUUCUUUCAAACACUCGAAAUGCAUUUACGUGUUGAGAAUCCGCCUCUUUCUGGUCGGGAUCAUUUGGCUUAUCGAUCUUUUUAUGCUCCUUGUAAGGUAAAAAAUUAA